AUGCCUAGCACUGGCGUAAUUCUCAUGACAGUCGUGGGCAUCACCACCUCCGUGGGAGCCUACCUCGCUGACUGGAACGAAACCCAUAUCUACAAUCCGCGCUGGAGCCCCCAUGCCAAAUUCCACAACGGACAGACGAUGUCAAUGGGACUUGUACUUGGCCUGACGACAUUGUACUAUCUCUACCGCUCUGCCCCGACGCCCGACAUCAAAAGCCAUUGCAUCCACACUGCAGCCUGGACUGGCAGCAUCUAUUGGAUCACUCAAUUGAGUGCUUAUCUCUAUCCUGGGGCUUUGCCGAUGGACCCUGAGUUUGGCACUUUUGCCCCGCAGCCUUACAUUAUUGCUCUGAUGCUUGUUUUGACUAUGAUUGGGUUGGCUAUGGAGAGAAGGAGAUUGGGGCCAUAUUUGUCCCAAAACGGGAAGCUUGCCUCCAAGAGUUCUUGA